ACAGUCUCCUCGACAGCCGGGGACCGUCUCUCUCUCAUCUGUUGAUGUAGCACACUGUCUACUGCUUUGUCUGGCAACUCUGACCGUAGCCAAACAGACGUUUUACAAGCGGAUACUCUCAUUGGGCGUUGGGACAGGGGAAGAGUGCUAGGGACUGUUCCCAGCGCGAAGUGCAACGGCCGGUUGGUUUUGGAGUGAACCGAAGCGCGAGCAAAGUUUGGGCAGGGGAUUAGCGGGCUGUCAGUGAAACCGGACCGAGGACUUGGGUUGGUGUGAGGGAACCCUAACUAACCCAUCUCUGGCGCACAUCCUGAGUCAGAGCCUGAUCAAACGGCAUAUAGUGCUGACUGAGGUGGCAGCAAUGAGUGAACAACUUGCAUAGACGCAUAGAGAUAAAACAAUAGAGGCAGAUUGCUUUAUCUCUAUGCAUAGAGAGAACCCUAGCAAUGAAAUGUGAUUCUAUCUCUACGCAUUAACCUCUCUAUGUUGGGUCUUCAAUCAGCCCACCAAUUCGUCUAUCGGGGGGGUUGUGAUGACUAGACUAGACCGACCUUGACGUUCUCUAGCUAUCUCACCGGAGGUUCUGGCUGAGAAUGAGAGACUUCAACUCCAAACAACGGCCUUGAAAGAGUUAAGAAAGGAUGGAACAAGUCACAAUGAGUGACCGGUUUGACUGCGACAACUGCAAGGAGUCCCUGUACGGACGCAAGUACAUCCAGGCAGACGGGGGAGAGGGGGACAACCCCUACUGCAUCCCCUGUUACGACAGCCUGUUCGCCAACACCUGCGACGAGUGCAAGGAGCUAAUCGGCCAUGACGCCCGGGAGCUGUUCUACGAGGACCGGCACUACCACGAGCACUGUUUCCGUUGCUUCCGCUGUGACCGCUCGCUGGCGGACGAGCCCUUCACCAGCCAGGAGGAGGCGCUGCUGUGCAACGACUGCUACUGCAACGAGUUCUCCUCCAAGUGUGUGGCCUGUGACAAGACUGUCAUGCCAGGCACGAGGAAGUUGGAGUAUGGUGGCUCCACAUGGCACGAGGGCUGUUUCAUCUGCCACAGCUGUGAGCAGCCCAUCGGCUCCAAGUCCUUCAUCCCAGACAAGGAUGAACACUACUGCGUGUCCUGCUAUGAGGAUAAGUUCGCCCCGCGCUGCACCCGCUGCAAAAAGGCCCUGGCUAAAGGGGGCGUGACGUAUCGGGAUGAGCCGUGGCACAAGGAGUGCUUUGUGUGUGCGGGCUGCAAGGUGCAGCUGGCAGGGCAGCACUUCACCUCGCGCGAAGACAACCCCUACUGCCUCAAGUGCUUCGGCAGCCUAUACUCCAAGAAGUGUGAGGCCUGCAGCAAGCCUAUCACAGGUUUCGGCGGAGGGAAGUACAUCUCGUUUGAGGAGCGCCAGUGGCACCAGCCCUGCUUCACCUGCACAGAGUGCUCCGUCUCUCUGGUGGGGGCGGGCUUCUUCCCCAAUGGAGACCAGAUCCUGUGUCGCGACUGCAACACCAACAGCAAUCUAUAGACCACACACACACACACACACACACACACCGUAUCGGCCCUCUCCUCACACACGCCCGCCUAGGUCAACCCCAGGGCCCCCCUUAUCACUGCCAAGGUUGUUAACACAGACCCACAGACUGCCUCUCAGGUCAUACACACACACACACACACACACCUUGCUCACUAGACCACAGCUCAAUCCCUCAUCCUCCCCCAGUGCUUUCUGCCGCUUGCUGUCAAAUACCAGAGCUAAGCAUCAGGCUACUGAAGCACAGAG